AUGACCUGUGCCUGCAUGGGACAGCGUGGAAAAGGGCAGGAAAAGCAUACCCAAAAUAAAACAAAUGAUCCACCAGGACCUCCUAGGUUUCCAAUAAUUGGUAACUUGCACCAACUUAACUUUGCAAAUCUCCAUGGCCAUCUCUACCAACUUUCCCACAAAUAUGGCCCCCUCAUGUCUCUUCGCCUAGGCUCCUUAACAGCCAUAGUUGUUUCUUCAGCAGAAAUCGCUAAAGAAGCUCUUAGCACCCACGAUCGUCAACUCGCAGGCCGUCCUACAUUUUAUGGCCAAAUGAAAAUAUCCUACAAUGGAUUAACCGUGACUUUCGCUCCAUAUGGAGAAUAUUGGAGGGAAAUCAGGAAGAUCACUGUUCACCAUUUGCUAAGCGCAAAGCAAGUUCUCUACUUUCGCCCGGUUCGAUAUGACGAAGUCUCUCGCACCAUCAACAUCAUCUCACAGCUCGCAUCUCAGUCCAAGCCCGUUAAUCUGAGUGAGAUAACCAUCUAUCUAUUCAAUUCUAUAAUAUGCAGGAUUGCUUUCGGAAAGAGGUACGAUGAUGAGUACACAAUCGAUAAGUUUAAGACGAAGAGUAAGUUCCAAGAUCUUUUGCAUGAAAUUCAGGUAGUCGCGGGAUCAUUCUAUAUGCGCGAUUAUUUUCCAUACAUGGGAUGGGUUGAUAAGCUUGUGGGAAGAACGAAGUGGGCGGAUAAAAUUUGUAAAGAUCUAGAUUUGUUUCUCCAAGAAAUCAUUGAUGAUCAUCUUGUGGAAAGAAAGAAUUAUGAACAUCAAGAGGACAUCAUAGAUGUCUUGCUCCAACUUCAGGAAGAUAGUUCACUUCCGGUGCACCUCACCAUGGAUCAUAUUAAAUGCCAGUUAAUGGUAAUUAACAUAACUAUUACCCUCUAA